UUUAGUUUGUAAUUCACUAAACUUAUUUCUACCUGAUUAUUCAAGAAAAAAAAUCAGAAGCAAUUAUCUUCUACUACUGUGAUAACAAAUCGAAUACAUUUUUACCAUUGUCCAUUGUCAAUAGCAUCAUUUAAUCAAUUUAAUUUCAAGCCAUGACCAAUCUGAUGCACCUGACAACAAUAUGGUAUUAGGUAUGAUCAACGAUUGUCAACUAGCAAUUGAUUGCAAAUUUUCCAGCGAUCAACUUAUUUAUCGAGGUGAAGGUAAUUCAAGUUUAGUUGUUGCUAUUCAACCGACAUGUCAAGUAAUCAGAUUGCUCAAAUCGGAUGCUAAAAAACUGCAAAAUGCCAACGAUGUGUUGACGCAUCUUUUGCAACACAUCGAUUUCAAUCGAAAUAUAUUGCCCGAUGUGAUUGGUGAACAUUUGUUCUCAUCACCGCAACUGGUCUAUCUGGAAAGUCGACAAUUGGAGACAAUCAAAAGUUUUGUUCACGACAAAAGGCCUUCAUUUAGAUUAGAAAAAACUUUGACCAAUUGUGGUUAUGCAUUGCUCAUGAAUGAUUGUUGUACCAUUCCACCAGCCAUCGAUAAUUAUGAUUGGAGCCUGCAUUCCGUAAUUGCUGUCGAAAUCAAGCCUAAACAAGGAUUCCUGCCAAAUGCGAAUCUUUUUCGAAUGAACGAUGUACUUAAAUUAAAGUCACAGAUUUGUCGUUUCGGCCUUUCACAAUUUUAUAAACUACAGAAAAAAUCGAUCAAAUCGAUAAGUUCCUACUGUCCAUUGGAUCUUUUUUCUGGUUGUCCAUCGCGUACAUUUCACGCAUUACUCUGCUUGAUGAAUAAUCCGCAGAAUAAUUUUCGUGUCUUCCUUAAUUCACAUCUUCUUUUCGACGAUCAAUGUGACAUUGGCCAUCUUCGAUCAGUUCUAUCUAGGUUUCUUUCGGUUCGUCGUAAUGGAAAACACUUUAAAGCAAACCCUUUUACUGACGAUGUCGCCAACAAGGUAAUUGAUCCAAUACAUUCUUUUGCUCUGUUGUUGGCACAGAUCCUUACUGUGCCUUUAUGUGAUGAUAGUAAGGAAAAUGAUUGUCAGCCAGAAAUUUAUCGAAAAGGCAACAAAAAUGAUUAUAAACACAUGCCAAACGUGAUUCGUGAGCUUGAAAAUUUAGAUUGCCAACAACGUUAUGUUUUCUAUCGAACGUUUAUUGAAUUUUUCGAGAAAAUGGCCAACCUAACAAAUAUUAACGAUUUGAACAACAAUCAGACUGCUUUACAAUCCUUUAUAAACGAUCAUUAUAGACAGUCGGAUGAUUUUAUGGCGAUAAAAAACAAAAAAUCAAAAUCACUGACCAUCGAUCACCAUAGCUUGGUUCAAUGUCGGCUGCAUGCGUCUAAACAACCAAAUCCCCUCUUUUGUGAUUCAUUAUCCGAAUGUCAAGAUAAAAGCUUACAGCAUGGCUUACCCGUGGGCUGUAUUCUUGAUUCGAUAUUGCGUGCACAGCAAUUAGACACAAUAGAUUCAUUCAUAGCUGUCGAUUUGAUGGAUAAAUUGUUUCUCAAGUAUAAAACGUUGAAACACGACCUAUCCAUUCAAGGAGAUUGCCUUUAUCCAAUUGAUACACAACGACCCGAAUGCCGUGAACGCUUAGAAAAGUUCAUUGUGCAAAAUUCUCAGGAUUUGGACACGCUUUGGCGUUUUCUGAUAUCACUUACCGCUAAGGACUGUUCUAUAAUGAUUGCAAUGAAACACGACGAUGAUCGUUACGAAAAUGGAUUUGUACAGCCAUCAUCGACAAGCUGCUCAUCGAUCCAUGUGACCGACAAAACAACCGGCCGGCCUUACUUAUGCAGACUAUCCAUCAUUGAUCUCGAUUAUAAACCAGCCUGUAAGAUUCAACGUAUGCUGCACAAUGAUCGCCGAAUGAUUCUGACUUUUCUUAGUUCUAUCUACAAAAGCAACAAGUGCCAUGAAACCGGUGUUGCAGCUGACAAUAUUCAAAUGGAAGAACAAUUGACUGAUUAUAUUGGGCAAGAACUUGCCAGCUAUUUGACCUGACUGUGAUCGGUACUCAUUACAAACAAUGAUGCCCAUAAUUGUUUGCCUGCACAAACUUAUUAUAGUCACACAAAGAAACCAUGUCUCAUGUAUAUUUAU